AUGACUAGACGCGCUGUCACAUCUAUUUCAAAGGUUGGAAGUAAUCUCGAUAUUUGUGUUGAUAGUAACCUUCCCCAAGCCGGUCCGGAUGGUAACCUCCCAACGAACGAGGAACUAGACAAUGAUGUUGAAAUGGUCGCUGGGGAAGUUGCGCGUGGACGAACCACAGACGACGAUGCUCAUGAAGAUUCCGAAGAUGAUGGUCAAGAUUCAGAAGGAGAGUUCGGCGUUGAAGCAAUCCUUGGUCACCGAUUUGUCCGUGGUACAGUCUACUAUGAGACCAAAUGGCAAGGAUGUCCAGAUAAGGAAAACACAGAAGAGCUAGAGUCAAGCCUGAUGCUGUACGCUCCCAAAAUCAUACAAGCAUAUCACACCAGUAUCGGUGGAUUUGGCGAGAAUACACUCGAAAAAAAGUCAUAG